AUGGAGGAUGGAUAUGCUGUCCUUAAUUCUGAAGAUGAAAUGGUUGGGGAUGAUCAUUCUCUAGAUGAAUGUUAUGAUAAUGAUUAUACUAGUGAGGCCCUUAUUAGGUCCUUCAGUCCCUACAAGGAUCAGACAAUAGAAAGGGAGAUCCAACAGGUUACUAAGAACCAGAGCCUAUCUCCAAGGAGUUUCCAACAGGAUAGGUUUCAUUUCACCAAACAAGACGCCAACACUGUCACUGCUGGCAGACCCAACACCAGUGAUAUUGACUGUAAUAUUCUUGAUGAAGAUGAACAGCAAAUUACUUGUGACAUGAAACACAAUGAGUUACAAUACAAAUUUACUAGUACUUUUACUUAUGCAAAAUGCAAAGAUCGCCUAAGGAGACCUUUAUGGGAGAAAUUGCUUCAUCAUGCCUCUAUAAAUAUCAAUCCUUGGUGUGCUGUGGGGGAUUACAAUGUUAUUUCUGAUGUGGAGGAAAAACUAGGAGGUCUGCCGUACAAUAUGAAGAAGAGUAUGGAUUUUAUUGCUGCUAUUGAAGCCUGUGGUCUUGUUGACAUAGGUUUUAGUGGUCACAAGUAUACUUGGUCUAAUAAGAGGGGCAUUACUUACAGAAUUUGGAAGAGACUUGACAGAGCCUUGGUUAAUGAUUUAUGGUUAGAAAAGAUGCCACAAACCACCAUAACUCAUUUAUCAACUACGGGGUCUGAUCAUUGUCCUUUAUUGUUGGAAAUGGUAUCUAAUGAAUCUGAGUACAUCAAAUAUUUCAGAUUCCUUAACUGUUGGAUUGACAAUCGUAAUUUUAUUCUUACUGUUAAGGAAUGCUGGGAUAGACCUGUGGAGGGUAAUGCUAUGUGGCAAUUCCACCAGAAAAUGAAAAGAAUAUCUAAUACCCUUAGUGUUUGGUCUAGGAAGGAAUUUGGGGAUAUAUUUAAUAAGGUUAGGAUGUAUGAGGAACAAGUGCAUGAAGCGGAAGAAAAUUACAUCCUGAACCAAUCUGAUUCAAAUAGGAGUACCCUCCAUGAACUAAAUGCUCAAUAUAUAAAAUUCCUCAAACUUGAAGAUACCAUUCUGAAGCAGGAAACUCAACUUCAAUGGUUAAAAGAUGGGGAUAACAAUUCCAAAUAUUUUCAUUCCAUUAUAAGGGGAAGGAGGAGGAAACUAUUUAUUCACAAAAUUGUUACUGAAAAUGGGGAUUGGGUACAAGGUGAGAAUAAUAUUGCUCAUGAGGCUUGUGAACACUUCAAUACCAUUUUCACAGGAGAGAAUAAAUUCAUUGAUGAACAUAAUCUGGAGUGCAUUCCAAAUAUGGUCAAUCAGGACCAAAACACCCAGCUUACAAAGUUACCAGAUAUGGAUGAACUUAAAGAAGAAAUCAUUCACCAAAUCAAGAAACCCAAUAUUGGAAGUAAUGUGAUUAUCAAGCUCGACAUGGCAAAAGCUUAUGACAGGGUCUCUUGGUCAUAUAUUUGCUUAGUACUAAGGAAAAUGGGGUUUAAUGAGAUGUUUAUUGAUAUGUGCUGGAGAAUUAUGGCCAACAAUUGGUAUUCUAUUAUUAUCAAUGGCAAAAGAUAUGGCUUCUUUCAGUCUACUAGAGGUCUCAAACAAGGUGAUCCUCUUUCACCGGCAUUAUUUAAUUUAGGUGCCGAAGUAUUAUCGCGAUCUCUCAAUAGGCUUCACAAUCAUCCGGAUUAUCAGGGCUUCAUCAUGGAGAAAAGAGGGCCUCAAGUGAAUCAUCUAAGUUUUGCGGAUGACAUUAUUCUUUUCACUUCCGGAAGGUGUAAAACCUUGAAAAUUCUCAUGGAUACUUUAAAGGAAUAUGAAAAGAUUUCGGGGCAACUCAUCAAUGGAGAUAAAAUCCAUUUUAUGCUACACCCUAGUGCUUUCAAUAGCACUAGGGAUAGAAUAAAAAGGUUGACUGGCUUUAAACAGAAACAGGGGCCUAUCACAUACCUUGGCUGUCCUUUAUUUGUUGGCAGACCUAGGAAUGUUUACUUUUCUGAUCUCAUUAACAAAGUCGUUUCCAGAAUUAUAGGUUGGCAAACUAAGCAAAUUAGUUUUGGUGGAAAGGCUGUGCUCUCAAAACAUGUUCUCCAGGCAUUACCUAUACACCUUCUAACUGCUGUAACCCCUCCAAAUACAAUCAUCAACCAGAUCCCAAUGCUUAUUGCGGAUUUCUUCUGGGGAUGGCAGAACAAUAGCAAAAAAUACCACUGGUCCUCUUGGAAGAAUCUAAGUUAUCCGUAUGAGGAAGGGGGGAUUGGGAUGAGAAACUUACAUGAUGUUUGUAAAUCUUUCAAAUUCAAGCAAUGGUGGACAUUCCGAACAAAGCAAACCUUGUUUGGAGACUUUUUGAAAGCUAAAUAUUGUCAAAGAUCUAAUCCGGUAAGUAAAAAAUGGGACACUGGAGAAUCCCUAGCUUGGAAACGCAUGCUAGCUACUAGACAGCAGGUGGAGCAGCACAUUCAGUGGCAACUUCAAACCGGGAAUUGUUCAUUUUGGUGGGACAAUUGUCUGGGCAUAGGGCCACUUACUCAGCAUACUAGCCCCAAUAUCAGGCUCAACAACACCAAGGUUGCAGAUUUCUAG